AUGUCGAAAGAUACCUUCGACGAAAUUCUAUCUUUAGAGGAGAGGUUCUACGACGAUGGAUACCAAGAUGGGUUAGCAGACGGAAUCAAGGCAGGCCGCAUCGAAGGCCGAACCAUGGGCCUAGAGAAGGGCUUUGAAAAAUACGUCAGAAGCGCGCGAUUAUAUGGAAAAGCCCUCGUCUGGGCAAACCGCAUGCCUGUCUUCUCAAAGGAUGCUAAAUCCAGCGGCCAAACACCGUCAGAGUCUAAUCCUGCCUCUGCUACGGAUGAUGGAGGCUCUGUAUCCCGAAAACCACUCCCUUCGCUACCGAAUAAUCAAAGGCUGGCUAAGCACAUAAAAGUCCUCCAUGCUUUGGCGGAGUCGGGGAGCCUUUCGACUGAAAAUACCGAGGAGGCGGUAGCUGAUUUCGAUGACCGGCUGAAGAGAGCACAGGCCAAGGUAAAGAUUAUUGAGAGGAUGGUUGGGGAAGUCAAUGAAGGGGGUGAUAGUGGUGUGGGGAAGCCGGUCCAGAGCAGCGGUGGGAAUAUCGAGGAUGCGAAUAUCAGGAAUGGCACCCUUUGA